AUUCUCCUUUUGGAUGCCUUGAGCUAGUGUUUGGUCCUCAGGAUGAAUCAAUAACUGGCUGGACUGUUAGUCCAGAAAUUGAACCUUGUCAGAUUAAAGAAAGAGAAAUAAAUAAAUUUGGUUCCGAAAUUAAUAAUACAAUUCCUCCAUCUUGUUUGGUAUCAAUUUAUGCUGACAGCAGUCGUCCUGAUACUGUUCAUGUACUGAAGUAUGCUAUACCAUUGAAAGGAUUACUGGAGCCAAUGAAAAUUAAAAUUAACAGAUCAUUAAAAGAAUUAUUAGCUCAUUCUGUUGGUACUAAGGACAGUCCUAAUCCACAAAAUGAUAUCAAGAAGCACAUUAAUGACCUGAAACGUUUUCUUUCAUUUUCUGAAGCAAUGUUUCGUGACAUAGCUAAUGGUUGCAAGGAGGAACGAAUUAUUAAUGCUUCUCAGUAUGAUGAGUUAUUUGAUGGGAUGAAUAACCAGUCUUUAUCAAAAAGAGUAGAUGUUUUCAUGGGAAAUAUUACAUUAUUAAUUGAAUAUUGUACUGAUGAAACUAGUGUGUUCCUCUCUAUACUAAAAGAACAGGAUCAUGUUGCUCUUUCUAAAUUAGCUGACAAGAUUGCUGCUUCAUUAGAAGCAAGAUAAUGACUGUAGGAGCAAAGACAUUGUACAAUUUUUUAUAUUUAUACACUUUUUUAGAUGUACUUUGAUAAAUUUUUAACAAAGCAUUGUAUCAUGCAUUAAUAGACCUUGUGUUUCUUCUUUAUCUUAGGUGCUAUAAGUAUCCUAGUGCUAGUGUAAAUUUUUUGUUUAGAGCAUUGUAAAAAUGUACCAAUUAUUUAUCAUUAUGUAA